AUGAGGAGAGGGGAUGAAGGGGAACUAGUCUCACCUGCCAGACUAGUCAACUCCUCUUGCUCCUUGGAGAAGACACUUCAGUGCCGCUGUUCCUUCCACGGGAUCCCCACUCCCUCUGUGCAGUGGUGGAUGGGAGGUGCCCCCAUCAGAAUGAACGGCGCUGAUGGUAGCCGCCAGGUGACUUCCACCAUGCUUGGCCCCUGGGCCAACAGCACCAUCAGUCUAGCCGAGGAGCCAAAAAUGGGCAUGAGGCUUCUCUGUGAAGGGAGGAACCAAAAUGGAACCCAUGCUUUGAGCAUCCUACUGAUGUCAAGAAAGAGCUCUUUGGUCUCCCAGGCCUUCCUUAAAGGGCUGAUCCAGGGUGUUAUCUAUGGAGCCAUCGCAAUUGCACUGCUUUUCUUCUGCCUCCUCCCCCUCAUAGUGAAACAUAUCCGAAUGAAACAAGCAAAGAAAAUUGCAGCAAUCAAAGCAAACACCAGCCCUCAAGUCAGAGCAGGCCAAAAACCCAAGAUGUUUCUGAAAUCUGAGGAGCCAAGAAAAUCUAUAAUUGCCCCGUCUUCUGAGAGCUGGAUAUUGGAAAAGCAAGAUAAACAAGCCAAAGAAGACUGUGGAAACUACAUCACAAUGGAGUCCUCAUUCUCUCUGGAAUUAGAAAAGUCUACUAAAUUCAAAAGCGAUUCUCCCAACGGCUGGAGACGCCCCUCUAGAGCCCAGAGCGCCCAAGAACGACGGUUGCCGGGCCUGGCUCCGGCGCUGGAGACCCGCGCGUUCUCCUUCGCGGCCCCGCCCCCUCCCAGCGGCCCCCGCGCGCAUCCCCGGGCCCUGAUUGGCUCUGGACGGACUCGUGGGGCCCCUCGGCGCGCCUGCGUGGUGGGACUUCGCGGGUGGGGGUCGGAUAUCCCCAAGUGA